AUGGACGCCUUCGUGACAAGGAAACGAAAGCCCAGUCCAGAUCUGGCUAAUGCUAGCCAGAAUGAUGACUCUGAGCAGUCAACUGAAAUAAAGUUGGCUAUCCUGUCAUCUCUAUAUCCAAAAGUCGACCAAGAGACUCUUCUCGAUGUUCUCCUUGCCCACGACGGCGAUGUAGAAGCAACUCGCCAGGCCCUGAAGGCCCCUUGUCUGUUGCAGACUCCUAAGGCCAACCGCAGCGGCCUGUCUUCUCAGACUUCCCUCCGGGCCUUCGCUGUUACUUCCAGCAAUAACGCCUCUCCAGACUUCAAAAGGCCUAAGGUACUAUCCCGAAAGGGGCAAACAUUACACUUAUACGACCCCAAAGACAUCAGCGAGCACACUCCAUGUUCCGUCAUCCUUAACUUCCUCCCUGCUGAAGAAGCCAAUGCGCUGCUGUUGGAGCUGCUUGAGGAGGCCAAGACUUUCCAAAGAGCAACCUUCAAGUUGUUUGAUAAUGUCGUUACGAGUCCGCACACCUCUUGCCUCUACAUAGGCAGCCAAAAGGAACUACAAGAGCAAAAGCAUGAGUAUGUAUACAACGGAGAGAAGAUGACGGACGUUAGGACAUUGACUCCCCAUCUAGAACGGGUCAGAGCCCGUGUCCAAGAAGCCGUCAAUCGCGAAAUUCGAGAACGCAUCCGCACCCACUACGGUGGCAAAAAGCUCAAGUAUCAGGCCCCGGGCCCCUGGAUCCCCAAUGCAGCCUUUGUAAAUUGCUACAAUGGUCCACAAGAGAACCACAGCGACCAACUAACCUACCUCGGCCCACGCGCGGUAAUUGGCUCCCUCUCCCUAGGCGUAACCCGCGAGUUCCGCGUGCGCCGCAUCCUGCCCCCCAACUUCGACUCCUCUAACAUCGCCAGUCUCUCAUCCGACUUCGACCCGGACAUGGCAGGCCAGAUCUCCAUCCACCUACCGCACAACUCCCUCCUAGUCAUGCACGCCGACAUGCAAGAAGGUGAGGCUUAA